AGUAACCACCGCUGCCUCAGGUGGAGCCGUCGCGUGGGGCUAUGGGAGCCGUAGGCAAGACAGCUCCCAAAUCCUUGUGGGAGUCGUAGUCUCGGAGCCACUUCCGUACAGGAGUUCCGCGUGUUAGGCAGUUUGGACGAUCCAGCACCGCGUUCUACUCAGGAGAAGCCGACCCCUCCCGCCUCUCCAGGACCCCACGAUGCCCGCCCCGCAGUGCGCCUCUUGCCACACGGCGCGCGCCGCCCUCCGCCGUCCGCGCUCGGGCCAGGCGCUGUGCGGCGCCUGCUUCUGCGCCGCCUUCGAGGCCGAGGUGCUGCACACAGUGCUCGCAGGCCGCCUGCUGCCUCCUGGGGCCGUGGUGGCCGUGGGCGCCUCGGGCGGCAAGGACUCCACGGUGCUGGCGCACGUGCUGCGCGAGCUGGCCCCGCGCCUGGGCAUCUCGCUGCACCUCGUGGCGGUGGACGAGGGCAUCGGCGGCUACCGGGAUGCGGCGCUGGCAGCCGUGCGGCGGCAGGCGGCGCGCUGGGACCUCCCGCUCACCGUCGUGGCCUACGCGGACCUCUUCGGGGGCUGGACGAUGGACGCGGUGGCCCGCAGCACUGCUGGCUCCGGCCGCAGCCGCGCCUGCUGCACCUUCUGCGGGGUGCUGCGGCGCCGAGCGCUGGAGGAAGGGGCGCGCCUCGUGGGAGCCACGCACGUCGUGACCGGACACAACGCGGACGACAUGGCGGAGACGGUGCUCAUGAACUUCCUGCGGGGCGACGCGGGCCGGCUGGCGCGGGGCGGGGGCCUGGGCUCCCCGGGCGAGGGGGGCGCCCUGCCGCGCUGCCGCCCGCUGCAGCUGGCCUCGCAGAAGGAGGUGGUGCUGUACGCGCACUUCCGCCGCCUCGACUACUUCUCCGAGGAGUGCGUGUACGCGCCCGAGGCCUUCCGCGGCCACGCGCGCGACCUGCUCAAGAUGCUGGAGGCGGCGCGGCCGUCGGCGGUGCUGGACCUGGUGCACUCGGCCGAGCGCCUGGCGCUGGCCCCGGCCGCGCGGCCCCCGCCGCCUGGCGCCUGUUCCCGCUGCGGGGCGCUGGCCAGCCGCGCGCUCUGCCAGGCCUGCGCGCUCCUGGACGGCCUGAACCGCGGCCGGCCCCGCCUGGCCAUCGGCAAGGGCCGCCGGGGGCUGGACGAGGAGGGGCCGCCGCGGGAGCCGCAGCCGUCCCGACCGCUGACUUCUGAGCCUGUCCCCGACUUCUAGAGACUCCAGUUCCCCGCGGGGAUCUGGCGCCGUGGGGGCGCGGGACCGCCUAUAAAUGACACGGAAUGAACCCGAGUUACCUGAGCCCGCGCUUCAUGUGCAGCUGGGAGAGAGACGGAACCUGUUACCUGCGAUCCUGCAGACGCUGGGGCUCUGGGCUCCUGGGGCUGGGGCCCGGGGACUCCUGCGCCUCAGGGAGGGGAGCACUAGACGACCUUCCAUUCCUGAGCGAGUGGGAAUUAGGGGGCUGCUUGCCUGUACCUCUGUGGGGUUCUGGGCGUGCUCAGAUAGCCCUAACCCUUCUCGAUCGCCUACUUCCCGCCUGAUGUUCGUGUUUGCCUGUAGUAGGCUAAGCACAACCAGGCAGCUGGAUGGACAUGUCAGUUACAGCACUCGUGGUGUUUCUGUGUGAGCGCUGUGUGUCCUGCAGGCGCUGGGCCAUCUCAUUUCACCCGCACCACAAUCUCGUUGGCUGUAGCCCGAGGCCCAUAACUGGCCUGAGGUCACCUCUCUGGAGCCCCACCUGGGGACUCACGCCCAGGUCCACCUGGGGCUCUUCACGACGGUGGAAUUAGUCCUUAUCCCCACUACCACCUGAAUCUCUGAUGGAUGAAGAGCAACUGGGGCGGCUCUCCAGACUUCAGGUUCCAGAGGCAGAGCUGGGUGAGCUUGGGUCAGUGACUUAACCUCUCGAAUCUUCCAUUUGCUCCCCUGAAAAUGGAAUCAAGGCCUCCCACCAAAGCACUGUUAUGAAUGAUAAAGCGCUCAAUAAAUGUGUCCGACUUGGCUGUUCACA